AAAUGUUGUUCAAAGCGGGAAUUAUCGCUUUUACGCUCCUUGUAGGAAGCUUGGCGUUCCCCGCCCAAGAUGACAUGUCCAUUUUCUUCGACCACACGGACCCAGAAUCCCGCAUCGUGGGGGGCGUUACAGCUGGCCCCGUGCCCUGGAUGGUCGGAUUGAGCCAGGGAUCCCUCGUGAGGAGCUUCGUUUGCGGCGGCUCCAUCAUCACGAACAGGCACAUUCUCACCGCUGCGCACUGUGUUGAUCAUGUCUUCAGCGGCGGCAGAUUGUCCAGCACUCUCCGUGCCACGGUCGGCACCAACCGUUGGAACAGUGGCGGCACGAGCUACACCCUGGCCAGGAACAUCAGCCACCCGAACUACGUCUCCUCCAUCAUCAAGAACGACCUUAGUUUCCUGGUCACUACCAACAACAUUGUGUUCAAUAAUAACAUCGCUCCUGUUGUUUUGUCGUACAAUAAUGUUGGUACUGGCGUGCAGACUAGAGUUAACGGAUGGGGUAGAAUCAGGACUGGUGGUUCCCUAGCAACCAAUUUAAUGGAGCUCAGAUCUACGGUUGUGGACAACAACUUCUGUGUGGAGACCGUCGCUCGUGUGGCCAGAGAACUGCGCAUUGCGGCUCCAGCUGUCCAACCUCAUCUGGAGAUCUGUACCUUCGUCGCUGUGAACCAGGGCACUUGCAAUGGUGACUCCGGCAGUGCGCUCGUACGACACGACAACAACCAACAAGUCGGUAUCGUCUCAUGGGGUCUUCCAUGCGCCCGCGGAGCUCCCGACAUGUUCGCGAGAGUCAGCGCUUACAGAAGUUGGAUCGAAAACGCUUUACGCCAAUAA